AUGGGGGAUACAAGCUUCUAUGAUAGAUAUGCUGUAGAAGACAAGGGCUACUACACUGCGAGAGACGUGCCGAGAACAGACUUUCGUUCCACCUAUGAGCUCAACCCCGCCAUAGAAGACGUUCUCAACGAAGCACUCUAUAAAGACGUAGCCGAUGAAGGGCUCAAAGAACUGUACCAGGCGCUCCAGGAGCGUGCUGGAAAGGCAAUCAACGAGAACAAGCGGCUAGCCGCGCAGUUGGAGGAGAUCACACAGGACAAGCUCACCCUCCAGUCAUCUCUAGAAGAUGUCAGGGGGCAGUUCCAGCAGGCCCAGCAGAACAUUACGUUGCUCCUAAGCCAGAUGAAGGCUGCUGAUGACGAUAUAGUUUCAUUAACAAGUGCUAACACUAAGGUAGAGUCUGAACUGGAAGCAAUCCGAGUCGAGCUUUUUAAUCUACGAGAGGAAAAUAAAAAAAUUAAGGCUAUAGAGGCAGAUUAUGUGGAGCAAAUAGAGCGGCUUACAGAGGCGCUGAACGAGGAGAAGAAAGAGCGAAGUCGAUUUGAGCGUAAGUUCAAUGAGUAUAAGCAGAAACUGAACGUCAAGGCCUCGGAAUUGGAUGAGCUGCGGGAUAAGUUCGAGCUGACAGACGAGGAGCGUAACAUUUAUCAGGCUGAAUGCAUCAAAGGAAGCAUGACUGGUUACGGUAAGCCUGCUGGAUACUCUGCACUGGACAUCUAUACUCUCAAGGAGGACUUCAAGAGUCUCCAAGAAAAGUCUCAUCUCACCAGCAUUAGCUUUAAGUCUGGGAAAGUGGCCGUGGACUCUGUGGACGCCCUUUCUCCGGAUGAUUCUUAUAAACUCCUGGAGAAGUAUGGUAAUGAGCCAUUUCUAGCAUCAACAGACCUUGCUUCUGCGGUGAAGCCCGUAAAGACAACCGUGCCCCCUCGUCCUCCCAGGGAGCAGUCUGGCAACACCCACCAGGGCGCUACGCCGACCUCAGAUGCAUCGGACAGUAGCUCGACCAUAGACGAGCUCUUUGCUAAGUACAUGGACUUCGACGCCCUCAAGAGAGCAAAGCUCGAUGGCGCUCCAUUGGAGGCAAACGCCUUUGGAAAUACCGUGGAAGCAUUACUCAUCGAUAGUAAUAAGAAGAAGCCUGUAGCCCUGAAUCUUACGCUGAACUCAGAUGAAGCCGCAAGGUUCGCAAAACCGUCCCUUCUGGAGCGCCAUCUCAGACAGGAGCAGUUUCAAGAAAUGCAGCCACCAGCGCCUGCAUCAGACAUUACUGAUAUCAUGCGCAAGUACGGCGCCCCAGCUGCCGCUGAUACCACUCAGGAGAAAUUUGGCAAUGCAACUUCACGAAGUACUUCACACACUCUGGCCAUGAGUCUCUUUGGAGAUGCCACAACUGCACUGCCACAUACAGAACGAUAUUGGACAACAGAACAGCCACUACUGACAAAGUACACGGCCGAUUAUGGGUUUUGA